UAUCACGCAAUUAAUAACUUUUCACUUACAAACAAACACAUAUGACAAUUAGCAGACGGAAGACAAAAGCGACAGUAAAUGCUAGACCCAACGUAAAUAAGGUUGUGUAGCUAAACAAAUUGAUGGUGUGUUAUUUGCAUGUAAAUACACAAGCACACACACAUAUUUAAUCCAUACAUGCUUAAAUGGGCGACUGAGUGGGCGGUUGGUGACCACUUGACCAGUCGAGUUAGAUCUCUUAUGUCGGUUUGCACGUGUAUGCAGAGUCUGAGUGACCACUUCAGCUGAUUUGAUGUCAUUCGCUCUAUUUACCAGCGCCAGCUCGUGGAUGGUGGUGUCAGCGCUUGUGUCGUAAGCGCGUUGCAGUCUAAUCUUCCUAAACACGUCGUCAACCAGCUGUGAACAUGGUGAAAAUUCUGCAGGCCUAUAACUUUGCCAAACAGCACACAUACUCUCUGAAUGGCGACAUUCUUUCCGCCUCCCUGAUAGAUUCCAGUCGCAUUGCGGUGAGCAGCGCCGAACAAUUUAUAGAAAUCUACGAUAUCGGUGGCAAGCAGCGCCGCAAUGAAUUGAAUGGCAUCGAUUUGAAUGCAAUUACCACGGCCAGUGAGUAUGCCGCUGCUGAGGCCGAAGCGGCGGCGGCUGCAGCCCAAGCUGCCGCGGACGAGCGCCUGCCCACGAAGUAUACGCUGGCAACGGUGGGCGAAGUGGUGCACUUGAUUUACUGCGAAGCAGGCAAAUAUUUACUCACAUUGGAAAAGGAAACACUUGGUACUCCAGUACAAACUGGCACCACCGGCAUUAGCUGCACCAGCAGCAGCAAUAACACCGUUAUUUGUCCGGAGGAUGAUACCAAAAUGUUUGUACGCAUUUAUGCCAAUUUUUGGAAAUUUUCCGAGGCAAAAUURAUUGACCUACCCAUUACAAUACGCAUAGCUUCUAUGACCACACCCAAGGCACCGCUGGUGGASAGCAUCGAUGUGAUAGAGUUACCGCUGCGUAGYCCACCCGACCUCAUACAGUGUUGUCAGACAUCUGGCAACAUUAUAGUGAGCAGCAAGGAGCGGAUCUACCUAUACGAGUAUACACAGUGCACACACGAGACCACGCAGCCACGGUUCUCCUACAUUGACUUUUUGCCGUUCAAAUUUUUUGUAAAUCUAAACUUCGUGCCACUGCGUUUGUGUCUUGCCGAGAAUGUCAUAGCCGCGAUGAAUAAUCGCUACUGCGUCGCUUUCAAAGUGGUCGAUGUGGUGGGUAGCAGCGCAACUGGUGGUGUACACUGCAGCCCAUUAGAUAAUGACUACGGCGGUGGCGGUGGUGGUGUCUGUUUGGAGGAUGUGGCUGACGUGGAUGUCGAYGAGGCUAUCUCUAGCUCGGAAUCGAGUCUAAUGAGCAAAGCGAGCGCUGGUCCCUCGAGUCACAACAGCUUUGAAACAGAUUCGUUGGAAACGACAUCAAGUGGACGGCCGAUGGGUGUGGCCGGUUUUCCAGGACGCACACCAAUCGAUUUCAAUGUGGCGCGCAUAGUGAACUCGGCUUGUGGACGUGAAUUCGAAGUGGAAUUAAAAUCUCAGUGGGAGCUGGGCGAUGCCAUAAGUGUUGGGGGCGGUGGCGGUGGUAUGGGUGCGACCUCGAUUGGUAGUGGUGGCGGUUGUGUCGGUGAUACACAAGAGAUAAUAAUUAUGCCAGCACGCGCUAAUGACAUUAAAAUUAAGCUGGUUAAUGAAGCGAAAGCUAUGAAUGUGCAGCGCGUCUCGAGCCAUGGUAACAUGACCUACGCUUACAACGAGGACACCAGUGUACAAUAUGAUGUGCGUAAACUGUUGCAGAUCUGUAUGAAGUCUUCGGAGCCGAAUGGACGAAUUGUGGACAUUUUGCGUUGCAUGGAUUUGAGAGCGAUUUACCAACGUAAUCCGCACGAGGAUGAUUUAGAGGACUCCGAAUACGACAUGGGCAAUCAGCAGGUGCCUGGCGCGGUAACCACCACUAAACACGCCAAUCGGCGCACGCUCAAAUCCGGCAAGCACCAGAGUUGCGUUGGUUAUGCAUUGCUGGUGGCAAGCAGCGUCGACGGUUAUCUGUAUCAGUUUUGUGCACAAGGUAAAUGGUAUAGUGAGAACGAGAAGCCUAUAGCCACAUACUCUUUCACCGCACCCGUUUUGCGGGUACAUAUCAACGAUUAUGUCAUCUAUGCAAUUACCACRGAGUCCGUGGAGACACACACGUCACGCAUUGGCCAUAAACUCUACAACAAUCGCUUUGAAUAUCCCACACUGGGUGGUCUCUUCCCCGAGGAAUCCAGCCCCGAUGUCAAUUCGGCCAUUGCCGUCAUUGGCCUCUGCGCCUUCAUGCAUGUGCAAUAUGUCUGUGUUAACCGCAACAAUUUAGUGCUAAUUACUAACAGUGCACUGGCCAACAACAACAACAGUGAAGCCAAUAAGAGACGUAGCGGUGGUGGCGUAGGUWGCGGUAAUGCGGGUGGACGGAAUAUUGCURCGCGCAUACUAGCCGAGGCUAAAGUGAAGAAUUUGUUACGCAGCAGCAGCAACAAUGCGGCACAACAAGCACAGCUCAACGAAUGGACGCUGUAUAAUUUGGAGGUGCCACCGGUGGAGCAUGUGAUUGAGGAUUUGGAGGCGAUUGCAGAAUCGUAUCGUGCGGCAAGCAGCACAAACUUUUUCGAUUUAAUGGAGGAGGCGCAUGUUAUGUUGCGUUUAAGUCUAUCGCUGCAAUGCGAACAGUUGGUCGAGGAGCGUGAACAACAGUUGCGCUGCAAGUUUGUGGAGAAUUGUCGCAAAUUGGCAGACUUCUCAAUACGCUCACGGAAAAAAGAGGUGUACCUACAGGCCACUGGUUUUUACAAAAUGUGUAAUCUUCAACUUGCCGACAUCUACAGCAACUAUAUAAACUCCUACGUGCAACCCGCUUACAUUGAGCAACAACAACUAGCAUUUGGCAACUGCAGCAAUUCACCAGUGGUCGAUGAGACGAAAUUGAUCGGUCUAAUUUAUACUGUGAAAAUGUUCCUACUCGGUUUAGGCACUGAUCGUCUAUUGGCCGCCUUUCUGAAUCAGUUGGUGAAACCAUUUUUCACCCCGAAUCGUGUUAUAGAACAAGGCUACCCACAAGUGCCUUUGUCUUUGGAAUUUCUCAAUAUGUUUAUCAAAUAUUCGCCCGCGGACAUACCGCAAAUCAUGUUGAAUUCGCCAGUGGUGGCCGACGCAAUCAGUGGAGAGUUGGUCAAUUACCUUAAAUAUCUCGACAAGCUCAAUCCCGACGAGAAUCUACUGCUCGCUGUGACAGCCUGUCGCAUGUCCAAUUAUCUGCUCGCACAAGAAGUAGUGGCACGUUUGAGUCGUCGUGAGUUGGCCGUAGCGCUGAUUAAACACAAGAAUGUGCUCUUUGACGAUGGCACAGUGCUCUUCCACCGUCGCAGUUCUCAGCAUUAUGACUCGUUUAAAUAUCGUAAUGGUGCCACUACUACAGCAAACGUUGCGCAACAACAGCACAAAGCUGCAGCCGCAACACAAGCGGCGCGUCGUCAGCACAAGCGUAAACCAUCGUUUGGUCAAGCGCCUGUGGCAAGCUCACUAGUCGGACCAACAAAUACCGCGCACGGCGUGAUUUCUUUUUCGGAUUUUACUGAAACCAUUUUGUUGGCCACAGAGAACAUGGAUUUGAUUGAGGCUAUCAGCGAUGUAUUCAUACAUGCGCUUUGCAUUGAGCAUAGUAUUACGUUGGAAAUCAUUUUGCAACUCUUCCUCAACUAUAUCGCCUCGCAUAUCGGUCACAAGGGCUAUCAGACCUCGCAGAAGGUAUUUGUGAAUAUUUUGCAGGUCUACUAUUAUGACUAUUUCGACGUUAAUCCCAUGCACAAUCCACAUGACAUGCCCUCGCCCUCGCCUCCACACUUGGUCGGCGCCGAUGAAUACGAUGAAACUUCCUCGAAAGCUCCAUCAUUGAAUAGUGAACGCGACAACGAAUCAAUUGCUAACUCAUUGCCCGAAUCGAAUUCGGGCGCUAGCUCAUCCAUAGACGAACGCAGUUAUUCGCAUCCCACAAAUCGUAAUCGCAUCGUCUACGAUCAACUGCAUGAACAUAACUCGCCAUAUAAGCGCAACAUAACACUUUCGCCCAUCCAAUUGGACACAAAUGAGCAGCAAACCUCAUCACAAGCUAGCAGCGACGCUGAAACGAAUCUAAAAGGUCUCAAAAUACUAUUCCGCAUGUAUAUGGGUCGUCUGAAGUCGCUGAGUGAUCUCAUAACUGAUCUACAGCCAGCCGAUGUUGAGCAACAGCCUGUUAAUGAGGAUUUCGUUAGCUUACGUAUGGAGUGUAUUAAGUUCAUGAUACGGCAUUURCAAGAACUACGCGCACAACAACAACAGCAGCAACACCAAAGUAAUUUAUUGCGCCAAAACGCGGGCACACAGUAUUAUUACACGAAAUCAGCAAGUUAUAGCGCCGCACAGCCGACAAGCGUACCARAGGAGCGUAAGCUCAUCUAUGUGCCAUUCAUACCGGACUAUAAAUUGUGCGGCGAGGAGUUUGAACGUCACAUUAAAACAUAUUUACGACCAAUACCCUGCUUGUUGGAUCGUCCACAAUAUCUGAAUCGUUUGCCGCCAUUUAGGCGUGAUGACUUUAGUUUUCCCAAUCGUGACGAGGGCGAGUGCGAGGUCCGUUUCUUAGGUUGGCAUAACGAGUUGUUAACGCUAACGCUGAAGAUACAGUCACUCUUGGCAUCCACGAAAAUCGAUCGCGAGAUUAUUGAAGAGUUCAUUGCAUUCAUACAAAAGACACCGGAUUUGAUUGGAAUUGACAGUUUUCUGGUUAUUGUAUUACCUAAGCACUUAGCCAUCAACUACAUGCUGAACUUCUGUCCCGAAUAUAUGUGGCAGUAUGGCAAGUCAAACGGUUUUACGCCCAAGCAUUGGGAAUCGCUACUGAAGAAAAUCCUAAGUAAACAAAACAUGGUGCCUAAUUGGAAGGCGCAUAUUACCGAGAUUCUUAACAAUCUGGUGGCCGAGUUGUCAUUCGAAGAACUACUGCAAUGCUUUCCCAGCGAAGCGAUCAAACACCAGAAAACUGAAGCAUUCCUAAAAGAAUUCAACGAUAAUCGUAUCAAUUAUGUCAAUGACAAACUGACAUUCCAAGAGUUACAGAAGCCAACACAACAAUUGUGCGACAACGAAACUGUGCUGACACGCGAUCAUCUGCCAAUGGACAACAUCGAUGAGAAUAAUGUGUUUGAACUCACAUUACGUAAAGCGGUUUCGAAACAACGCAGCAUCGCAUUGCGUUCGAUGAUCGAAUCGACGGGCACACAGCUAUUCGAUGCCACCAGUAACCCCAUGUAUAACCUUUGAGAUAAUCGUUACACUUAGAAUAGGCGGCAAAGAAGUCGCAAAGAAAAUGAGCAUAUAGUAAUUGUUUAAAUACGUUCGUGACAGAGGAAAACUUAAACUACCAAGUWCAUAGAUGUAUGCGUUCAAUUAACAACAACAAAAUAAUAUGAAAAUUAUUAAUGAACACAUAUUUUAGUAAAUAGACACAGAAAAGUAUGACAAAUGUUGUAAAAUUAGGUGCAUAAACAAUGAGCACUUUACGCUAGAAAUUAAAUUAUUCAUAUACAUGCAUACACACACACACACUUCUAGUAUACCUGCAACAUUACGAAAUUUAUUUAUUAUUGUAGGCAAGCCAUAAAUACAAACACACAUACAUUAUUUUGAGGUUAAGUGUAGAAAAUAGUGCAUUUCCCAAUAUUAUUUUGUUUUUUUUUUAUAUAUAUUUAUUUGUUUGAGGUUAGAAAGAGGCACAUAUUUUAUUUUAAG